UUUCCUCUGACGAAGUCCUCACCUGUUAUGAGAACCAUGAAUUAUUUAACAACGGUAUUGGUUUCUAUUCUCCUCACAGCUAAAGCAGUUGCCUCUGCUACAAAUGACCUGGAGCCCAUUCUUCAGCGCUGUUGUCAAUCAGGAGAAAGAUGGGCGAUGAACCACACCACAUGCACUGGUCCAUCCUUGGAGUCAGUAGCCGAGAAAGACAGACGCGCCUGCCAAGCUUCUCUGUAUAUCUGCUGUGUGAGAACUCAUCGCAAGUCAGAAUGCGAGAGAGGGAAGAAUGCUGCCAGAGCAGGGAGAAUGUGCGAUACAUCGCACUUAGCCACAUUCCAGGACUGUUGCCAAGGUUGCAGUCUUGGGAUUCAAGUGAGUCAAACCAGGUCACCAUGUGUUCUCUCCGGAUUCAGUUUCGGCACAAUUUGGGACGAUGCAUUUCUGAAUUGCUGUGAAAGUUCCGAUUCUGUCCAAGACUCUUCAGCAGCGUUUUCCAAUAAGAACAGAUGCGAAACGGAGAAACCUUGCAGUCAUAUCUGUGAAGACUUAGGCACUGAAAUCCGCUGCUCCUGUGAACCAGGAUACAAGUUGGCUGCUGAUCAACAAACUUGUGAAGAUGUUGAUGAAUGUGCUUUGGACAUCCAUUCGUGCAAUCGGCAGACAGAAGUGUGCUCAAACCGAAUUGGACUUUUCGAGUGCCUUCCACGCACAAAUCGAUGGCCAAACGAUUGCGGUCAAGGCUACGUUCUAAAUCGGUUAACAAAUUCUUGCGAAGAUCUAAACGAGUGUGAAUUGCAACUCUGUCCUUCAGAUAAGACAUGUGUUAACACCAUUGGUUCUUUCAUGUGUAUCAUUAAGAAGCCGUUAUGUCCAUCUGGAUUUCGUUACAAUGAAGUAACUCUGAAAUGCAUCGAUAUAGACGAAUGUAUGGAAGGUAUCAGUAACUGUGACUCUAGCAGAGAAAUCUGCCAGAACAUGCAGGGCUCGUUUCAGUGCAUUCCAAUACCCAGUAGAAACAGGAACUGCCCAGCAGGAUUCAAAUGGAAUGAAAACAAAGAUAACUGCAAUGAUGUGGACGAAUGCCAAGAGGAACUAGACGAUUGCAGACUACCUGAUGAAGAAUGCAGAAAUACAAUUGGAGGAUACGAAUGCGAUGCGAAGUGUUCAGCUACUAUGAAAUUCAAUACGGCUCAAAAUAAAUGUGUGGAAAUUGAUGUUUGUUCUGAAGGAACACACACCUGUAAAGACGACGAAACAUGUAUCCCCACAAUGGACACUUACAUAUGCGUGCCAAAUGUGGUGGGAGCCAACUGUGGGCCAGGUUUCAAACCUGAAGAGAGCGCUAAAGCUACGUCGCAAAGAUGUGUAGAUAUCAAUGAGUGUGACGAAUAUCCGGAUGCUUGUGACACUGAUGAACAGUGUGUGAACACUAUGGGAGCUUAUGAUUGCAUCCGUCAACAAGAGCAAGAAGCACAGAGCUGUCCUCAAGGGUUUGCCCCAGAUGAAAACAACGGUUGCGCUGAUAUCGACGAAUGCGUUGAAGAACUGGACCGCUGCAACAGACUGACUCACAAUUGUCUCAAUUUGAACGGAAGUUACGAGUGUGUGGUAAAGCCCAACGUCCAGACGUGUCCUCCCGGAUUCAGAGCUGAUGAUAUUACUGGAAACUGUGUUGAUGUGAAUGAAUGCAUUGAAGGACACAAAUGUCAGGCAGGAAGGGAGCAAUGUGUGAAUGUAGCCGGUGGUUAUCGAUGCCAACAACUUGCCGUGCAAAGAUCGUGUCCCAUAGGACGACGUUUUAAUUCUACCACUAACUCCUGCGAAGAUGUCGAUGAGUGUUCCGAGAGAAGUCACUCCUGCAAUCCGGAAACUCAUUACUGCGUAAAUGCUAUCGGAAGUUACCGGUGUGCUGCAAAAGUUACUUGUCCUCAUGGCUUUAGGUGGAGUGAGCACAGCCGCAAAUGUGACGAAAUCAACGAGUGCUUGGAAGGCACAGACGACUGCGACAGAAGAACACAGAACUGCGUCAACACAGUCGGAAGCUUCCAAUGUCAUUCCAAAGCACCACAGCAAGUACAAAGGUGUGGUACAGGCUACUUUUACAAUGGAAGCAUAGACAGUUGCGUUGAUGUGAACGAGUGCAUUGAUUUGCAUGUAUGUCAAGCAGGACAAACAUGUGAAAAUACUCAAGGAAGUUACCGGUGUAUCUGUCCGCAAGGCUAUACCAUGAAUCUCCUUACAAGACAAUGCAAUGACAUCAACGAAUGUCAACUACAGUUGCACGCUUGCGCUGAAAGUCAGCGUUGCGAUAAUACGGUUGGCUCAUACACUUGCAUUAGAUUAAUUAGCUGUGGAACUGGUUACACACUGAAUGCUGCAACAGGAGAAUGUGAAGAUGAUGACGAGUGCUUGCUGAAUACCCACAAUUGCGGACCAGGUUUCGAGUGCUACAACACGGGAGGGUCUUUCCGCUGCCGCCGAGUCCAGUGUCCACCCGGCCAGAAACUGCUGUCCGACGGAACAUGCAAAGUAGUGGUCUGCGGGAGGGGCAUGGAGACCGACGACGAAGGAAACUGCGUGGAUAUCAAUGAAUGCGCUCGAAGCAAUGUGUGCCGACAGAAUCAGAGAUGCCUUAAUACUAUCGGUUCUUACAGCUGUCAGAAUCUUUUGCAAUGUGAUCCAGGAUAUGAGUUGAACGAGUUUGGAAGUCAAUGCCUAGACAUAGAUGAAUGCGCACGAAGAAUCGACGAAUGCGGUCCUCAGCAGACGUGCAGGAACCGACCUGGCCAUUACACCUGCGAAUGCCCUCGAGGAUAUUCGCUGAAUGCAGUACGAGAAUGUGAAGAUAUCGACGAGUGUACACGAUUCCGAGGUCAAAUUUGUUCAAUUAUCUCGGAAUGUAUUAACACACAAGGAUCGUACGUUUGUAAUUGCAACGAGGGAUUUAAAAAAGCUGACGAUGGCAAAAAUUGCGUUGAUAUCGACGAGUGCGCAGAAACUCCGAAUAUCUGCCAACAAACAUGCAACAACCUUUGGGGAUCAUAUCAGUGCGCUUGUAAGAAUGGAUAUACUCUUGGACCAGAUAAAAGAUCUUGUCAAGAUAUCGACGAGUGCAAGAUGAUGGAGGGCCGUGGAAACUUGUGUAUUGGCUUCUGCAACAACGUGCCAGGAUCAUACGCCUGCUCCUGUCCCAAUGGCUACCGACUGCUUUCUGAACGUACUUGUCAUGAUAUUGAUGAAUGCAAGGAAGAAAAUGUUUGCAACGGCCCCGAGGAAGUCUGCUUGAAUACUCGAGGUGGUUACAAGUGCAACAGAAUAGUUUGUCCACCAAAUUAUACCCGAGAUAAAGAUCACAGGAAUCAAGCAAAUGUCAACAAAGACGAUACUGUGGUGUGCCGAAAAAGAUGUCCUCAAAAUGACAUUGAUUGCGUUCUCAAUGACACGCAAACGAUCACUUUUCAGGCCUUGGUGUUGCCAUCUAUUCCAUACUUGCCAAGACCCGUGAUUUUGACCACAAUGAGGGCAGUUGCUUCCAAGAGUGCAAGAAUCACAUUCCAAACAGAUUACGAAAUUUUGGAUGGCAACGAUGGAAGAUUAUUCGACAUUCUGAAAGGUCAAGGAGUAGGUUCUUUAAGGCUAGUCGAACCCAUAUUUGGACCCCAGGAGCUGAAUCUCAAAAUUCGCAUGACUGUUAGCUUGAACGGAAAUUUUCGUUCACCUGUCAAUAUGCUCUCCCGUCAUUUAGCUAUGAUUCAAGUCAUCGUUUCUCAGUUCGAUUUCUAAUUUUUUUUCUUUUUCUUUUUCUUUUUCUAAAAACGAGAGCCUCAGACUGUAAAACAACUAAACUUCUUGACUUUUAUUAUUCGUGUUAUUAAACUAGUAUCUAUACCAUGAUUCAACAAUACAAAAUAGCUGCAAGCAUUGCGAACGUAACGGUAUUCCCGGUGUCAUUUUGUAAAUAACAA